UGUCAGAAGUGAGUUCAUUCUCGAGGAGACGGAGCGCCGUGAUCAGGCUCAAGCGCUUCCUUUGGUAUCAGCGCUAAAAAUCAGCGAUACAACGGAGAGAGCGUACCCGCGAGCCCGGCCAUGGACGAACAGGCGGGCCCCGGUGUGUUCUUCAACAACAAUAACAACUCCGUUUUACCCGGCGCUGGGAAAGGACCGCUGCCCGAUGGCGACGCAGGGGAGGCGGCCAGGGCGCAGUACAGUAUCCCGGGGAUCUUGCACUUCCUGCAGCACGAAUGGGCCCGCUUCGAAGUAGAGAGGGCACAAUGGGAGAUGGAGAGAGCCGAACUACAGGCCCAGAUCGCCUUCUUACAAGGGGAGAGGAAAGGCCAGGAGAACCUCAAGAAGGACUUGGUGCGGAGGAUCAAAAUGCUGGAGUAUGCGCUGAAGCAGGAGAGAGCGAAGUACCACAAGCUAAAAUAUGGCACAGAGUUGAACCAAGGCGAGAUGAAGCCCCCCAGCUAUGACUCUGAUGAGGCCAAUGAGAAUGACACAUCUGGAUCCCUCAACAAUCAACUGUCCUGGAAGCAAGGACGCCAACUCCUUAGACAGUACCUGCAGGAGGUCGGCUACACAGACACCAUUUUGGAUGUGAAGUCCCAGAGGGUGCGGGCGCUGUUGGGUUUGGCUGGAGACAGUGGCAGUCGGACAGGGGAGCGCCAAACCUCUGAGCCCCUGGUCAAUGGGACGGACUCAACUGCUAAAGGCAACAGAGGAAAAAGUGAGCUUUCAGACACCAGGGCUGUGGAGGAGGUCAUUAACUUCAUAGAAAAUGCAGCGGCCGAAUACAGCGACGAAGAUGAGGAUGAAGACAGCGAAGGCAAAGACAGGAUGUCUGUGGAGUCCAGAACUAUAAUGCGCAAGAAGCCGUCCUCCACGACCACUCCGGCAAGUAUGGACACCAGCGAGGACCCAGACGCUGUAGAGGCUCUGAAGGUGUUUGACUUCUUGUCCAGUCCUGACGAAAUGGACACAUCCCCAGAGUCUAGAGACCCAGGGGACGGCACGGACUGGGACAAGGAGGAGCAGGGUCCCGUCACAGAGGCCUGGGACGUGGACCCCGGCCUGAUAACCAGACUCAAGGAGCAGUACAAAAAGGAGCGCAAAGGCAAAAAGGGGGUGAAGCGGCCCAACCGGUCUAAGCUGCAGGACAUGCUGGCUAAUUUAAGAGAUGCAGAGGACUUGUCCCACUUGCAGCCCCCCUCCGCCCCCCAGCCCCGACCCAAUGUGGCCCGCUUUAACGAGCAUGAAGCCAACAGGACGGACGAAGUGGAGGCGCUGACGUUCCCUCCGACCUCGGGGAAGGCGUUCAUUAUGGGUCCAGACGAGGCCAUGGAGAGCGAGCUGGGGCUGGGGGAGCUUGCCGGACUCACUGUGGCCAACGAGGCCGACAGCCUCACAUACGACAUUGGGAACAACAAAGACGCCAUGAGGAAGACGUGGAACCCCAAGUUCACUUUGAGGAGUCACUUUGACGGGAUCCGGGCUUUGACCUUUCACCCUGUGGAACCUGUUUUGGUCACUGCCUCUGAGGACCACACGCUUAAGAUGUGGAACCUCCAGAAAACCGCUCCUGCCAAAAAGAGUGCAUCUUUAGAUGUGGAGCCCAUCUACACGUUCAGAGCUCACAGGGGGGCAGUGUUCAGUGUGGUGAUGAGUGCGACUGGGGACCAGUGCUUCAGCGGAGGCCUGGACGGGACCAUCCAGUGCUGGAACACCCCCAAUCCAAACAUCGACCCCUAUGACUCUUAUGACCCCUCUGUACUGCGGGGAGCAUUGACGGGGCACACAGACUCUGUUUGGGGCCUGGUCUACAGCAGUGCUCACCAGCGCCUCCUGUCCUGCUCCGCUGACGGGACAGUGCGACUGUGGGAUGCCAACAACACCACCUCUCCAGCUCUGGCUGUCUUCAACGAGAAUAAAAAGCUUGGUAUCCCGUCCUCGGUGGACCUGGUCUGCAGUGAACCGGCUCAUCUGGUCUCAUCCUUCACGAGUGGAGAGAUCGGCCUCUUUAACAUGGAGACUCAGCAGCUUGUCCUGAGUCUGGACACCAACACAGAGCAAGGCACACCUUCUCACAUCAACAAGGUUCUGAGCCACCCGACCCUCCCCAUCACCAUCACAGCACAGGAGGAUCGCCACAUCAAGUUCUAUGACAACAACAGUGGGAAACUCAUCCACUCUAUGGUUGCUCAUCUUGACGCAGUCACCAGUUUAGCUGUGGACCCCAACGGACUUUAUCUCAUGUCGGGAAGUCAUGACUGCUCCAUCCGCCUGUGGAACCUGGAGAGUAAGACCUGUAUCCAGGAGUUCACGGCUCACAGGAAGAAGUUUGAGGAGUCUAUUCACGACGUUGCAUUUCAUCCGACUAAAUGCUACAUCGCCAGUGCCGGCGCAGACGCUUUGGCGAAAGUGUUCGUAUGACCCUGCGGCCCGGCCCUCUGACUCCGCCUCCUUCGAUCAGGGACCAAUAGAGACGCAGAAGGGAAGGACUCUGUCCCUGAGUGAAACAGGCUUUCUGUGGAGAGGAACUAUUCAGUCCCCCAUCAACCAUCCAGGCAGGCCUGGGUGUACGGCCACAGCGCCCCCUGCAGACUCACCUCCGCCACUGGAGGCUCAGGACUCAAACCUGGACUGGAGGUCUCCAGCUCUGCCCCUCCCUCAGGCCCCGCCCACCCGCCAGGCCCCGCCCACAUGUCAGGCUCGAGUUAUGUUGAUCCAGAAUCAUGAGGUUCACUCAGAGCUAUCCCUGACUGACUCUGCUUGCUGGCCUGCCUUUAUUUUCCUUUUUAAAACACUUCUUGACAAACGUGCCUUUGGUUUCAAAAGGUCUGAAAAGUUAUUUUAACAAACUUGUUCUUUGGGAAAACGUGAGGAAGCGGCGAAGACAUGGAGCUGUUUGUCACAAUGUUGUUGAUUUUAACAUUGGAUGUAAAAUUACAAAUGCUUAUAAUAAACAAAAUAUAUAUUCAGUCUUAAAAUCUUAACUGUGCAGCGUUUGAGUUUGAGUGCUCCUUUUGACAAAGUGUGGUUGGGGAAUCAAAUUUGUGCAUUUCAAGGCAAUGCUAAUGAGUGAUACAGACAAUGGGAUAUAUAUUGCCUGUUUGUUAGAUUAAUUGUACACUUGAGAAGUAAGACUACAUGUGUCCAAAGUUAACCUUUUUUGGUUAUAAAGACAAUUCAAACUUGGUUCUUAUAGAUGUCCAUUUUAGGAAAAACUAUCUGAUUUUGGCCAGUUUGCUCUUGUUUGAAUUGAAUGGCUUGUACUCUGUAGUUUUCCCCAGUUGUGUGGACAUGCUCAGUGUGAUGUUUCAUGUCCUGAUAUUUACAGUAGUCCAGUGUUUAGCAGGAACUUAGUACUGUAGGACUAUUUGUAAAGACUUCAAACUCCACCAUCGCUGAGGGCAGACCGCUGCAGCUAACUGUACAGUGAAUGAGGAGGUGGGUGGAACCAAUCAGAGAUGUACAUGUGUGUACAGCUUCAAUCAGCCGUUUUCUCAGUCACUGGUUUGUAUAUGAAAGUAUGUUCAAAUAAAACCUGCUGUAAAAUGUGA